GUCGCCCCUUCUAGUGACGUAAUCACUUAAUCUCGCGAGAGGAGUGUCUGCGUCGACCCGCCCCCACUCCCGCGGCGCUGCUCACGUGACCUCGGCCCAGGGGGUUGAAGAUGGCGUCGCCCGGGAGCUCUGAGCCCGGCUGGGGCCCUGCCCGCUACUGCCUGGUGAGCCGCAUCCCGGCCGAGCUCCGCUCCGCCCAGCUCCGCUCCUACUUCAGCCAGUUCGCCGAGGCCGGCGGCUUCCUCUGCUUCCACUACCGGCACCGGCCCGAGCGCAGCGACCCCCCGGGCCCGGCCACUUGCUGCUGCCUGGUCGCGGUGCGGCCCGGCCAGGCCCGGCGGCUGCUCCGCAUGUACUCGGGCAAGCGCUGGCUGGAUGCCCAGGGCGACGGGCUGCCCGGCCGCUGUGUGAUCCGCAGGGUCCGAGUCUCCCCGGGCGCAGGUUUGGGCGUGUUCCCAUAUAAAACUAAAAAGGAGCUUCAUAAUAAGACCCAGAGUGAAACGUUUACCCAGGCAGACUUAAAGUGGCUGCCUGAACUGAAUCCUCCUGUGUUUAUGCCCCAUGGGAAUGUGGGAACCCCUCUGAGAGUCUUCCUGGAGCUGAUCAAGGCCUGCAGGCUGCCUCCCCGAGUUAUUAAGAAACUGCAGCUACGAUUCCCCAAGACAGGAUCCUCUCGCAGGUAUGGGAAUGUGCCCUUUAAAUAUCGGGACACUGAGACUGUUGAACAAGAAGACCUGGUUUAUACAGACAUGGGGGAGGAGAUCACAAUGGAAAAGGGACCCCUGGCAAGAACUGGGAUGACUCAAACUAGUGAUGAGGAAGACUGGGAAGGACCAGGAAAGGAGGAAGCAGAAGAGUCUCAUUCAGAUGAUGAUGAUGAUAGGUGUGAGGAGUGGGAACGACAUGAGGCUCUGCAUGAGGAUGUAACCAAUCAGGAACGCACAGAGGAGCGACUGUUUGAAGAGGAGAUUGAGCUGAAGUGGGAGAAGGGAGGCUCUGGGCUGGUCUUCUACACAGAUGCUCAGUACUGGCAGGAAGAGCAAGGAGACUUUGACGAACAGACGGCAGAUGACUGGGAUGUGGACAUGAGCAUCUACUACGACAAAGAUGGAGGUGAUAAGGAUGCCCGUGAUGCAAUACAGAUGCGCUUGGAACAGAGACUCCGGGAUGGUUUGGAGGAUGGCUCUGUUUCAGGGCAACAGAUUGGAACCUUUGAGAAAUAUACCAAGGGUAUUGGUAGGAAGGUGUUGGAGAGGCAGGGCUGGAUGGAGGGACGGGGUCUGGGGUGCAGCAACUCUGGAAUGGCUGAAGCGUUGGACAAUGAGGGUCAACAUCCCAAGUGCAAGAGAGGAUUGGGGUACCAUGGAGAGAAACUGCAGACUUUCAGCAAGCCAAAAAAGCCUCGCCGGGAUGGCCCCAUCCUCAUCUCCACAGUCUACGAUGAGCCCCAGCCUGUAGACCAUGGGGACCAGCUACUCCGGCGCCAGCUGCCCACUGCCAUGAAGUACAGACAGGACAUGGCAUUUGUCCGAGCGACUCAGAGUGCUCACCAGAGCCCCAGUGCCUCAUGAGAGUUGCUGCUGAACAGAGACUUUGGGACUCCUUCACUAGAGCAACAGCAGAACCUUUGUAUUAGAACAGCCUCUUCCAUGCUGCUUUUCACCUGGAGGCUGACUUCUCCUGCUGUCUGACCCUAAGCAAAACGUUAAUAUAUUUUCUGGAAGAAAUACCAGACUCUUCUGUAGCAUAUGCAAGUCUUUCUGUUUUAACAAUUGCUUUAUUAGGAGGGGGUCUCAGUAUCCCUGCCACCAGCUGAGAUAUUUGAUCCUAUUUGUUUGGCAGUGGGAAGGUUAACACUAAUACUGUAAGGAAGGCUGUUGUGUGAAGCAGCCAGCGUUUUGUUUAGGCUCCUGCAGUGAGAUGUUUUCAGAUGAAGUGUCUGCAAGCAGGAAAAAAUCUAACUUUUCUAGAAAACUUACUACUGGUCCAGAGCAUCAUUCAGUCUAUGGUAUUUAUACUGCACUCAAAUGAAAACUUACUGGGGCAAGAUGA